AUGGCGCAGCAGUCGGAGCUGCAAGAUGCGGAGACCAUCCAUGUCAUUAUAACAGGCUUUGGACCUUUCGACAAAGUCACUAGCAACCCCACAGAGCGAUUGGUCACCUGGCUGCGACAACAGACCGACCCUGCCUCUGCCCCCGACGCAUCAGUAGCCACUGCCACGGCCACGCCGCUGCGGCGCCUGCGCCACGCGCGCAUCGCCAGCUGCACAGUGCUGACCGUUUCGGCGCGCGCCGUGACCGAGUACCUGGGGCAGCAGCUGGAUGAGCUGCUGCGGCGCGGCGAGGCGGCGCGCGCGGCACGCGCGGCGGCGGGGGGCGGCGGGCGCGUCCGCGGUGCGCCGGUUGUGCUGCUGCUGCACUUUGGGGUGGACAUCAAGCGCCCCACGUUCAACAUGGAGUCGCGCGCCGUCAACAACGCCACCUUCCGAUGCCCCGAUGCCGACGGCUGGCAGCCCAACAACCGCCCCAUCACCUCGCUCGUCGCCGCGCCCCCGGCCGGGACCGGCGACGCCCCCGCGGCGGCGGCCCCGCCUGCGCCCGGCGGCGGCGGCGGCGACGGCGCUGGCGAUGGCGACGGCGCAGCGGCGUGCGGCUUGGACGGCGCGGUGGUGUCGGACCUCGAUCUGCCACGCCUCUGCGAGCGCCUGCGGGGGCAGGGCCACAAUGUGCUGCUUUCUGAGGACGCGGGGCGCUUUUUUGAGGAAAUCCCCGAGGAGGGCCAGCGCCGGUUCGCUAUUGACCUCAUAGAGGCCCUCUGCGAGCAGCUGCACGAGGAGUACUUUGGGUCCGGGCGCAGCCGGGAGGACGGCGGCGGCGGCGGCGGCGCAGGAGUGGGCGGCGGCAGCUCGCCCUCGGUCGAGGGCGGGCCCGUGCUGGCUGCGGUUUAG